UGAUAUAGGGCGGUGUGUCGUUCAACGCACCGGAUGAACUUGAGAAGCUGAACGGGAAACGAUUUCUCCGUUUCUAUUGUCCUACACUCCCGCAACCAAAGACUGUAUACAACACUUAUAGUUUGCGCAACAACGGUUGUUGUUACAAUCUAACCACAGUCGGGACUUUUUGAACAUGGCUGAACCAAGCGGCAAGAGAUUGAAGACCAACCUGCCUAACUGUAAAACUCACCGAGCUUUUCUCGGGAGCAGAGUGAAACAGAAUCUCCCAGCGGUCGUUGAGGAGAGUUUGUGCGGAGUAUCUACAUUGAUUAUGGAGGUCGCUUACAUACUUGAUGCACUGGCCAAGAUAUUUGAGCAGGAUGACAUUGCCUUGCCAAGAGUGGCAGCGUUCUUCCAUGAGCAGUCUGUGAACGAGCAGGCGAAGGCUGAGGCCAUGAUGGACUACCUGUCAGACAGAGGGGGACAGUACUGCAGUAAAGACAUCCAGAGGCCUGGCUGUGAGGAGGUGUAUGCCGUGAUCCCAGCCCUGGAGCUGAUGCUGGGCCAGUGGAAGGAGGAGAUGGCCGUGAUGGUGGAGCUCAGCCAGUUGUCCAAGGAGCACAGCGACCCGCACUCCGCCAGUGUGAUCAAGAGCCGCUUCCUGGGGCCGCUGGUGCCACGUGUCAAACUGCUGGGAGACCUGCUGACCAACGCACGUAGGGUGGGCUGCACCAGCGACCGCUCGGGGGGCUUCGGGGAGUACCUCAUCGACCAGCUGCAGGAGGAGUUGACCAACGUCUCCAGUAGAUAAAUCACUCAGUAGUUUAUAUUAAAGAAAACUACUUUGGGCAUUUAAAAGGACACAGCCUCAUUGUAUCAUGUUCAGUGCCUUUGGAAAGUAUUCAGACCCCUUUACUUUUUCAACAUUUUGUUAGGUUACAGCCUUAAUCUAAAAUGUAUUACAUCGUUUUCCCCCUCAAUCUAAUAUAAUACACGAUAAUGACAAAGCAAAAAGAUUUUUUUAAUGUUUGCUAAUUUAUUCAAAAUAAAAAACAGAUCACAUUUACAUAAGUAUUCAGACCCUUUGCUCAGUACUUUGUUUAAGCACAUUUGGCAACGAUUUCAGCCUCGACUCUUCUUGGGUAUGACGCUAAAAGCUUAGCACAGCUAUAUUUGGGUAGUUUCUCCAUUUCUUCUCUGACGAUCCUCUCAAGCUCUAUCAGGUUGCAUGG